UAUUCAGAAAAUUAAACAAGAUCAUAUUGACAGCUCGAUAAUUGGAGAAAUAGAUGAUGCUGCUUUGGCCUCUUACAUUCCAGCCUAUGGUGAUAGGAUUGCUACAAGGCGUUUCUCAGUGGAAAAACAGAGAAGAGGUGGAGAUGAUACAAAAAGACUUUCCUUAUUCCAAAAACUUAGUAAGACAAUGGGUAACAAAGCCUGUGAUCAUGGUUUUGAGGGAGAGAGAGAGAGAGAGAAUACAGUGAAACCAACAAAUGUGUACCUAAAAAAUAAUAAGCGAGCCUGGAAGACAACCAGAAAAAUAGAAUUAGGGUGGAUACAUGACGACAAACAAGUCAGAAAACGCAGCGGUGGAGGAACCAGAGUUCUGGAUAUUAACAAGAAUGCCACUAAAACUGAGAUCCUGUCUCAAGCAAAACAACUGUUUUUCCCGAAUGAGAAGUCAACAAUGGAAAAGUGGGAAGAGUUCAGUCAUGACAUCGUUAACUUUCAGGAAGCACAAGUUGAUGAGGACGUAAGUGUGCGGGAGUGUUAUGACACACACAAAUUAGCUUUAAGAUUUUAUUUGUUCAUAAAGACCCUUGCCGGUGGAGAUGACCAAGAGGAAGGAGCUGACAUACCGACAGAUGAGCAACAUGAAAACUCAACAGAAUGUGGACAAAAGAAACAGACAAUGGAAAAGGUGGAGCAGCUGACAUGCAAAAUACAUAGCAGUGAAAUAAGUCAAAUACACACAACGGAAGAUGAUGAGCUGAGCACUGCAGCUGUUCAGAUUAUUGAUUUUACGUCUUUGUGUAAUACAUCUGAGGUCAGUUUUGGUCCUUUGACAGGGGGUCAAUUUUUAGGUGAUCUUGAUGAUACACUCAUACAUGAUCCAAACCUUGCAAUAGAAGACGAACAACUAAACAUCCCCACUUACACCUCAACUCCUAAUGAUGCUGAGACAGCUUUUGGUAGACCACCAAGUCCUGCCUUUGAACUUUUACAUGUGACUGUGAAACUUCACCGAGUAACUCUCUUAGAUGAACUUAUUACCCAAUUCAAAGAUGAAGCAGUUAUGACAAACUCUGUGACAUACAGCUUUAUUGAUGAAAUGGGGGCAGAUGCUGAUGGUGUGUCUAGGGAUGUAUACGCUGCCUUCUGGACAGAAUUCCUAGACUGUGCAGCAGAAGGUGCAGAUGUGAGGGUGCCAUCACUCUCCCCGAAAUGGCAAGAGGAAGAAUGGAAAUCUGUCGGCAGGAUAUUGGCCAAGGGACUGAACGACCAUGGGUAUUUUCCAUUUCGGCUGGCACAAGCCUUUACGGCAGCCAUCAUAUUUGGUGAACACUCCGUUUCAUCUGAUUUACUUUUUGACUCCCUGAUGUUGUAUCUUAGUCAAUCUGAGCGUCAUCUUUUGUCCACUGCUUUGCAAGAAGCUGUUAUCGGCGAUGAUGAGGAAGAGUUUCUUGAUCUUAUGGAUCGCAUGGGAGUAAGAACAGUACCGACACAAGAUAACUUGAGAGCUGUGCUUAUCCAGGUUGCCCACAAGCAAAUCAUCCAGCAUCCAAAAUAUGCAUUGGAUAAUAUUGCAGAGGUUGCAGGACCAACACUCAGGAAGUUUUUCCCUCAUGUAGAGGAUAUGAAGAAGCUGUAUGAGGACAUUAAACCGACAACACGAAAGCCAGCUAUGAUUGUUUAG